AGAUUUGCGCAAUUAUCGCGAGAUUUCAUUGACAGGCUUGUACGGGUCGACGACGCUCUUGUUCCCAACAGCGCAUUGUUUUUUGCCUUAUUGAAACUGCGAAAGUUGGAUGCUUAUUUAAUUUAUACAUCAUUCAUAACCAUACAGAGAUGUCGGAGGAUUUAGUGAAGCAGCUCGGCAGCUACAAAGCUCAGCUACAGCAGGUUGAAGUUGCCUUGUCCACCGACCAAGAAAAUGAGGAUCUCCUCAAGCUACAGAAAGACUUGCAGGAAGUCAUUGACCUGACCAAGGACCUCUUGGCCUCGCAGCCUGCAGACGCCACCCCCACUGCCAAUGGCGCCGCUCCGGCACCCAUCAGGCACAUCUGGAAAGUGGGAGACAAGUGUUUGUCCGUGUGGAGUCAGGAUGGACAGGUGUAUGAGGCCGAGAUCGAGGAGAUCGACCACGAGAACAGCACAGCCGCUGUCACCUUCACUGGCUACGGCAACGCUGAAAUCAUCCCCCUGCAGAACCUCAAAGCGGUGGAGGACCGCAGGCGUCUCGAAGACGACCUCGGCUUGUCCAGGAACAAAUCAAGAAAGGAGCAGAUCGCCGAGCAGCGAGAAUACAAAAAGAAGAAAGCCCAGAAAAAGGUGCUGAGGAUGAAGGAAUUAGAGCAGGAGCGAGAGGACCAAAAGUCCAAGUGGCAACAGUUCAACAACAAAGCUUACUCAAAGAACAAGAAAGGACAGGUGAAGAGAAGCAUAUUUGCAUCUCCAGAAAGCGUCAACGGGAAAGUUGGGGUGGGCACGUGUGGCAUCGCAGACAAGCCCAUGACGCAGUACAACGACACGUCCAAAUACAACGUCAGGCAUUUAAUGCCACAGUGACCCGGCAUCUCCUGUAAAUACUCACCCCCCCCCACCCAUGUUGUAUACUGAAUAUUACAGUGUUGUUCAUUUUGUGUGACAUGAAUGAAAGAAAGUUGGAGUUACAUAUACGUGUCGGAAUUGAAGCCUUGAUGCUUUUUUUUUUUUUUAAUGUCGUACAGGUAGAAGAAAAGCUGUCCAAAUUAGACAGGAAGCCACCCUGCUUUGUAAUCGCGUCACUUGCUAUGUACCAACCGGAAGUUAGCUGCUUGUGCCCUAAUUCCACACACGGUGCUGUGGCUCAAGCUCAACACUUCUAAGAAUUGCUCCGUAAGUGUCGGGCUGUAUUUUUUGUUUUUCCUUUUCGUUUCGAGUAAGAACAUCAAAAACAGCUUCGAUGAUCUUUUGAUUUCUGUAAUUUAUAAAAGUCAAAUAAACAUCCGUUUGUUGAGUUUUAUAAA